UAGGUUACCGAGUCAUAACCUCAAUCCCCUUCUUUGACCAUUCCAUACAUGAAAAGGUCAAAUUUCCAUUUCAUAUUACUACCUACUAUCCCAUUUCUUCAAAUACACUUUACAAAAAUACUAAUUUAACCAUUCAUUAAACACGAAACACCGCCUAUAUAUUUUCAUAUUUUGUAACACCCCGUCUUCAUAAUUUCAUAUAUAUAUACAUACAUGCUUAUGUAUAUUUUGUGUGCAUGGAUUAAUUAGAAGAUAAUUAAUAUGGACAAGGAAAAGGAAAACAAACCCAAGAGUUUAUUUCUCAAGUUCUUGCCAAAAGCAGCUUCAGCCGUAAGUUUUCAAAACCCUCAUUUUAGUCCUGGAAGAGAUCACCACCACCAUAACCACCACGCCAACCACCACAACAACCACCAAUAUUCCUCCAAGCUUAAGACACAUGCACACAAAGGCUUCUCCGGCCCAAUCAACUACUCGGUUUUACCUGACGAGGCCCGAGAAAAGCCCAAAAAAGAUGGGAGCUUUGAAGCCCAUGAGCCCACCUCACCAAAGGUCUCUUGCAUGGGACAGAUCAAGUACAAGCACACGAAAAACAAGCUAAGAAAAAUAGCUUCUAAAAAUAAUAAUAAUUCAUUAAUUUUCGAUAAUGAUCUUAAAAAGAAAACUACGAAAUCAUCGGCCAUCAGCAAGUUUUUCAACAUAUCAAAGAAGAAAUCAAUGGGUUAUCCAAGUGAGGAACAUGGUAAGGAAGGUAGGAGAGCCACACUGGAUAAUAACAAUAGUAAGAAGAAGACGAAUGUUCCUUCUUUAGGAAUGAUGAACAAGUUUGCAAGUGGAAGGGAAAGCUUAGCUAGUUUCGAUUGGACGGCUCAGAUCGCGCCAAUAGAUCAUGAUCGAGAUUACUAUUCUGAUGAUGAUCAAGAGAGAAGAAGAGAUGAUGAUAGUGAUGAUGAAGAAGAGAGGGAGGUAAUUAUCCCCUACUCUGCGCCUAUGUUAAUAGGUGGGAGAUCAAGAGGUGGUGGUGAUGAUGAUGAUGGUGAUGAUAAUGUGAUGAGAACAAGGAAAGAAGUUAAUCUUUGGAAGAGAAGAACUAUGGCUCCACCUCCUCCACUUGCUUUGAAUUCCAAGGUUAGAUCAUGACAUUAUAAUUAUUGUUAAUUAAUUAGUACGACUACUAAUUCAGUUUUUACUUAAUUUGUCUUGUAUUUUCAUCUUAAUUUUUGGAUCUUUUGUAAGUUGUAACUUGUAAUUAGAUUGUUUUAUUUUAUAUUCCAAUUAUCCAAACGUAAA